AUGGCCAACCUUCGCCGCCUCGCCCUCGCCAUCGGAGCCCUGCUCCCGGCCGUCCUCGCCGCGCCCGUCCUCGACCGCCGCGACGAGCCUGCCGCCGUCCCCGGCAAGUACAUCGUCACCCUCAAGGAGGACGCCGGUGCCAACGUCGAGUCCCACCUGAACUGGGUCGCCGACGUCCACAAGCGCUCCCUCGGCAAGCGUGACACCGCCGGUGUCGAGAACAAGUUCAACAUCAGCAACUGGAACGCCUACUCGGGCGAGUUCGACGAUGCCACCAUUGCCGAGAUCAAGGCCAGCCCGGAUGUCGCCAUUGUCGAGCCCGACUACUACAUGUACCUCUCCGACUUCAAGAUCGAGGACCGCGCCCUGACUACCCAGUCCGGCGCCCCCUGGGGUCUGGGCUCCAUCUCCCACCGCACCUCGGGCUCGACCCAGUACAUCUACGACACCACGGCCGGUGCUGACACCUACGCCUACGUCGUCGACUCCGGUGUCAUUGCCUCCCACACCCAGUUCACCGGCCGCAUCACCCUCGGCUUCAACGCCUUCACCGGCACCCACACCGACACCCUCGGCCACGGCACCCACGUUGCCGGAACCAUCGGUGGCUCGACCUACGGUGUUGCCAAGCGCACCAACCUCAUCUCCGUCAAGGUCUUCCAGGGCGCCCAGGGCACCACCUCCUCCAUCCUGGCCGGCUUCAACUGGGCCGUGAACGACAUCACCUCCAAGUCCCGUGCCGGCCGCUCCGUCAUCAACCUGUCCCUCGGCGGCCCCGCCUCCACCACCUGGACCAACGCCAUCCAGGCCGCCUACACCCGCGGCGUCCUCUCCGUCGUCGCCGCCGGCAACGGUGACCAGUUCGGCCGCCCCCUCCCCGUCUCCAGCCAGUCCCCCGCCAACGCCCCCAACGCCCUGACCGUCGCCGCCAUCGACUCCAGCUGGCGCCCGGCCACCUUCACCAACUACGGCGCCGGCGUCGACAUCUUCGCCCCCGGUGUCGGUGUCCUCUCGGCCUGGAUCGGCGGCAACUCGGCCACCAACUCCAUCAGCGGAACCUCCAUGGCCGCUCCCCACGUCGCCGGCCUCGCCGUCUACCUCCAGGCUCUCGAGGGCCUAACCACCCCGGCCGCCGUCACCGCCCGCAUCAAGGCCCUCGGCACCUCCGGCCGUGUCACCGGCACCUUGAACGGUAGCCCCAACCUGGUUGCCUACAACGGCAACGGCGCGUAA